AUGGUUCGGCAAAUCCAAGCCUACAUUCAGGCAGUGGCGACAUCCAACUCGGGCAGGAUUAGCAGCGCUGCUGGCGGGGGGCUGCAGCACGGAGCGGGACGAGCGGAACGAGUGACAGUGAAAGAAGAGAGAGCGGAACGGGCGGAGAGAGUAACUGUGAAGGAAGAAGGAACGGGACGAGGGCACCGGACGUUGGCGUUCUGCGUGGCCCUCAGCACGGCGCUAAGCCAGUUCCGCGACGUGCUGGCGUGUCUCGACGUCCACCGCCACUCCCCCGCGCUCGCCGCCCUUCCGCCAGCUCCGCAUUCCGCCAGCCCCCCGCUCCCCGCAGCAGGGGGAUCGGACCGCAGGGAAGGGCAGGAGCAGCAGCGGUGGCGGCAGGAGCGGCAGGGGGAGGAGGAGAGAAAGGCUGCGGAGAGCGGGAGUGUGGCAUUGCGGAUGGGGGAUUCAGAAGAAGGCACGGUGGGGAGGGAUGGGUCAGGGGGAGCAGCACCGAGGCUAAGAGAGGGAGGACCCGCUGUGGGGGGGAGGCAGGAGCGGGGAGGGGAGUAUCUGCGGCUGAGGCACCUGCUGGCGUUCCUGUCGCCGUGGUUCUUGCGCUUGGAGUGCCUCGUCUGCUUCGUUGAUGACUGCAGGUGGGUGGGUGUGUGGGUGCAUAUCUUUGCAUGCGGCCCCUACUUAGUCGCGUUGGCGCUGGGGCCGGCGCUGGGGGAUGCGGUGCGGCCGCUGGUGCAGGGCGUGGCGGAGUGGAUUGUCAAGACCCUCUCUGCACUCUUUCCGCACACCUCAACCCUUCAUCCCCCCAAAUUGCUACGCGGCGGUCCCUUCUUGGAUGCUGUGGAGGCGAGGAAGAGAGCAGCGCAGGGCAAUGAGCGCGAGCAGUUGAGCGCAGCGAUGGGGGAGGGAGUGCGGCCGCUGGUGCAGGGCGUGGCGGAAUCUUUGCGCGGCGGUCCCUUCUUGGACGCUCUGGAGGCGAGGAAGAGAGCAGCGCAGGGCAGCGAGCGCGAGCAGCUGGGGGCGGCGCUGGGGGAGGCGGUGCGGCCGCUGGUGCAGGGCGUGGCGGAAUCUUUGCGCGGCGGUCCCUUCUUGGACGCUCUGGAGGCGAGGAAGAGAGCAGCGCAGGGCGGCGAGCGCGAGCAGCUGGGGGCGGCGCUGGGGGAGGCGGUGCGGCCGCUGGUGCAGGGCGUGGCGGAGUGGGCCGUGCUGGGGAACGUGGAUGCCCGCAACGAGGAGUUUUUUGUGCGGUGCAGUGCGGUGGCGACCAGCAAGGACGUCCUCUGGCAGGAGGGAUUUUGGAUGGACGAGGCAAUGGUCCCUGUGCGUCUCAUCCCUCUCUCCCUAGCACAAACCAUACUCCGCGUUGGUAAGUCCAUUCGCUUCCUCGCCCACUGCUGCGGCGACAGGCUCGGGCCCGAAGCAGCCAAGCAGGUGGAGCGGGAGGUUCGGGGCGCCCGAGCCUCGCUGGAGCUCCGGGACGUGCCGAGGCUGGUGGAGAGGGUAUCAGCGCAGGUGGAGACGCGGUUGGUGCAGGUGGUGGUGGGGCAGUUCAAUCUGCUGCACCACUGCGCUCUCAUCAAGCGCUUCAUACUCCUCACCAACGGCCACUUUGCCCAGGUGUUGCUAGAUGAGGCGUCCAGUGAGCUCAAGAAGCCAGUCAACAAAGUCAGCACCAUCGCCCUCUCAGGUGCCCUCCAUGGAGCUGUGCUGGCAUCGUUAUUCUCAGGGGAGGAACCUGCCCUGGCUGAUGCGCUGCAAGUCAAGCUGCAUUCACCCACCAACCCUCCUCCCGCUCUCUCUCUCUCAACCCUUCUCCCGCUCUCUCUCCUCUCCCUGCUCUCCUUCUCUCCUCUCCCUGCUCUCCUUCUCUCCUCUCCCUGCUCUCCUUCUCUCCUCUCCCUGCUCUCCUUCUCUCCUCUCCCUGCUCUCCUUCUCUCCUCUCCCUGCUCUCCUUCUCUCCUCUCCCUGCUCUCCUUCUCUCCUCUCCCUGCUCUCCUUCUCUCCUCUCCCUGCUCUCCUUCUCUCCUCUCCCUGCUCUCCUUCUCUCCUCUCCCUGCUCUCCUUCUCUCCUCUCCCUGCUCUCCUUCUCUCCUCUCCCUGCUCUCCUUCUCUCCUCUCCCUGCUCUCCUUCUCUCCUCUCCCUGCUCUCCUUCUCUCCUCUCCCUGCUCUCCUUCUCUCCUCUCCCUGCUCUCCUUCUCUCCUCUCCCUGCUCUCCUUCUCUCCUCUCCCUGCUCUCCUUCUCUCCUCUCCCUUCUCUCCUUCUCUCCUCUCCCUGCUCUCCUUCUCUCCUCUCCCUGCUCUCCUUCUCUCCUCUCCCUGCUCUCCUUCUCUCCUCUCCCUGCUCUCCUUCUCUCCUCUCCCUGCUCUCCUUCUCUCCUCUCCCUGCUCUCAAUCUCUCCUCUCCCUGCUCUCCUCCUCUCCUCUCCCUGCUCUCCUCCUCUCCUCUCCCUGCUCUCCUUCUCUCCUCUCCCUGCUCUCCUUCUCUCCUCUCCCUGCUCUCCUUCUCUCCUCUCCCUGCUCUCCUUCUCUCCUCUCCCUGCUCUCCUUCUCUCCAUUACCACCCCAACCACCCUCCUUUCCCCCUUACUCUCAGCACCCCUGGCAUAUCUGGCUGGGACGUGUUCACCUUGGAGUACCGCAUUCUACCGCCUCUCACCGCAGUCAUCACCACAACCGCACAGCACCACUACGCACGCCUCUUCACCGCACUCUUCCUCCUGCAGCGCACCCGUCGUGCCCUCUCCUCCACCUGGCUGGCCCUCAAGCCCCGAGCCUCCAGGCUUCUGCCGCCCGUUGUCAGGGAGUCCAUUACUGCUGCGGUUUCGGGCAGGUUCGCUGGAGGUUUGGGUUCCCGGGCAGCUGGAGCGGGCAGCAAAGCAAGAAAACCAGACCCGGGAGGAAUUGGACACGGCUUUGCUGCUGGUGGUGCUGGUACUGCUGGUGCUGGUACUGCUGGUGCUGCUGCUGCUGGUGCUGGUGGGGGAAGUCUGGAAGGUGAUGGUGGUGGUGGUGAAGGGGGGGCGAGAGUGACAGGGGGGUUGCAGGCGUGGAAGGAGAGGGAGGAGGAGAAGCUACUGGUGGGGCCGGUGAGGGGCGUGCGGGGCGUGUUCGCACGCAUGUCGCAGUUCAUGCGUGUGAUCGAGACGUUUGCUGCUCUCAGGAUCGAAACAAGCUGGAAGGAGAUGGUGGAAGGGGCCAAGGGUGCAACGAAUCUGGACGAGCUGAUUGCCUGCCACGAGCGCUACCAGCAGGCGCUACUGAAGGCGCUCUUCCUGGACCGCCCCUCCGCCGCCAUCCUGAGCAGUGUGCGCCGCACCUGCCGCCUCGUGCUCGAAGUCUCUCACCUCGCGGCCCGCCUUCAGAAGCACACCGACAGCCUGUUCGCCAGGUGA